ACCGAACAUUCAAGUGAAAAAAACGAAAAAAGCUGCAGAUUUCCCUUGUCUCGGAAGUCGGAACCGGGAGUGUUUAAGUUGAUUUUUCAUUCAAAAUUUGCAAAUAAUGCAAAUAUAUGUAUUUAUUUAGCCCAGUAAGUGCUCCUGUGGUUUAAAUUAUUGACAAAACAGUGCAGAUCGCAACAGAAACUAUGGCCAACGCAAAUCGCUUUACUUCGCCCACGCCCUCGGCUACUGCUCUGGUUUGUCCGGGCAGCAGCAGUUCCUUGGCAUCCGGACCGACACCAGGACCGUCGCCUAGCGUAGCAAACAAAUGGAAACGCAUGCUUGAAUGUGAUGAGUUUGUUGGGGCUCGGCGCUCCAAGCACACGGUAGUUGCCUACAAAGAUGCCAUUUUUGUCUUCGGAGGAGACAAUGGGAAAAAUAUGCUGAACGAUUUGAUCCGGUUCGGGGUGAAGGAUAAGUCCUGGGCACAGGCAUUUUCGACGGGAACAUCGCCGGCACCGCGUUACCACCAUUCGGCGGUUGUCCACGGGACGUCGAUGUUUGUAUUCGGAGGAUACACGGGCGACAUCCAUUCCAACUCGAAUUUGACCAACAAGAACGAUUUGUUUGAGUACAACUUCCAGAAUGGACAGUGGACCGAGUGGAAGUUUGUCGGAAGGACCCCGGUGCCGAGGAGUGCCCACGGUGCAGCGGUUUACGAUAACAAGCUUUGGAUCUACGCCGGGUACGAUGGGAACGCCCGGUUGAAUGAUAUGUGGACGAUUCGGUUGACCGGCGAAACCCACCAGUGGGAGGAGGUUCAACAGAGGGGAGACUGUCCGCCGACGUGUUGCAAUUUCCCGGUGGCCGUGGCUCGUGGAUGUAUGUACGUGUUCUCCGGCCAGAGUGGGCUUCAAAUUACGAACACGCUAUUUCAAUUCAAUUUCAAAGAUAAAACAUGGCGCCGGAUCUCAACUGAGCAUAUUUUGCGGGGUGCUCCUCCGCCACCAGCUCGCCGUUAUGGGCACACUAUGGUCCAUCACGAUCGGUUCCUGUACGUGUUUGGCGGGGCAGCUGAUUCUACUCUGCCGAACGAUUUGUACUGCUACGAUCUGGACUCGCAGGUUUGGUCGACGGUCAUACCGGCACCGGAAUCGCAAGUCCCGAGUGGAAGGUUGUUUCACGCUGCGGCAGUAAUUGGCGAUGCCAUGUACAUCUUCGGUGGAACCAUCGAUAAUAACGUGCGCAGCGGCGACAUGUAUCGGUUCCAGUUUUCCAGCUAUCCGAAAUGUACGCUGCAGGACGACUUUGGAAUGUUUUUGCAAAAUCGUCAGUUCUGCGAUGUGCAGUUUGUCGUUGGAACGGAUGAAGUCAAAGUUCCGGCGCACAUUGCGAUGAUCGUAGCGCGUUCGCAGUUUUUGAGAUCUAAGAUAUUAGCGGCUCGUGAUGCAAGAAACUUGCAUUUUGAAAAACUAUUUGGAACGACGGAAGUUCCCUUCGCUGAACGUCCAAUAUUGGAAGUUCAGCUACCAAACGCACAACCUGAGGCUUUCGAAAUGGUUCUCAACUACAUCUACACAGAUCGAAUUGAUUUUAAGGAUCCAUCCUGUAACAAAAUUGUGUUGCUUAUGAUGGAUGUUUAUCAGCUUGCCGUCCAAUUUUACAUUCCAAGGUUGGAGCAACUCUGCGUGCAAUAUCUAGAGUUCAAAAUCUCCAAACCAAACGUCCUGGACGCUCUUUACAAUGCUGAUCGAAUGGGUCUCACUUUAAUUAAGGAUCAUUGCUUGGGUUUCAUCACCAAAGAGGAUCACUUCUACGAUAUCGUCAUGUCUCCGGAGUUUGCUGCACUGGAAAAGCCAUUGAUUGUAGAAAUCAUCCGCAAGCGCCUGAAUCCAAGCAAACACUCCACCGAUAUGAAGUACGACAAGACAAUCGGGACGUCGCUGGAAAACGACAUGGCAGUUUUUCUGAAGUCUGGCGGAAAAGAAUUUUGCGAUAUCAAUCUGGUCCUCGAAGGAAUUGUUAUUCCAGCACACAAAUCGAUUCUCGCUGCCAGAUGCACCUACUUCCAAGCCAUGUUCCGCUCCUUCAUGCCAGCGGACAACACUGUUAAUAUACAAAUCGGAGAUAUCUCCCCAUCUCAAGAGGCGUUCAGUUCUCUCCUGCGCUACAUCUACUACGGUGACACGAAAAUGCCCCCGGAGGACUCGCUGUACCUCUUUCAAGCCCCGUGCUUCUACGGUUUCACCAACAACCGACUGCAGGCCUUCUGCAAGCACAAUCUAGAGAACAACAUCACCUACGACAAUGUGCUGCAGAUCUUGGAGGCGUCCGACAAAAUGAACGUUCCCGACAUCAAGAACUACGCCCUGCGGAUGGUGGUGCACAAUUUCUGGCAGGUCGCCCGGUUGCCGAAGAUGCAGGAGCUAACGCGGGAGCUGCUGCUGGACGUGAUCAUGGCCGUGGCGGAGACGAAGGGUGACGGCAAACGCAUCAGCCACGAUUCAACGUUUAUCAGUUUAUAUAGCGACAUUUGAAGGAUAGCGUUCCUACAGCCGGUUCUCAGUAUUUUGCUGGCGUGGAUGCGGAACAAUAGCGAGCUUCCGUAGGUCAGUGUUGCAUGUGGCCUGAUUGGGUGUUCAAAAGAUCUCUUUAGAAAUGAAAGAAUCAUCAAAUGGUAGAUCAAUCAUAUUCAAAAGUUUCCAGAAAACGUACUCCUGUGGUUCAAAAUAAUGAAUUGUGCUAACCAUUCUAAUCAAUUUUAGACAUGAAUCUAUUCUAGGAUUAUUUAUUAAUGUUAUAGACUAUGCAUACUCUAAUUAGUGUUAAACGCAUUCAUAUUUUAUUGUAAUCGUAAUUGUCAUCAAACAAUAAAGUAUACGCACAUGGUAUUAAAAGCUAGAAA